ACUCAACCCAAGCAGCCAUCGUUUCCGAUAGAUAAACACCAGACCAGCAACGCCCAAACUUCAUCAAAUGGCGCCCCUCGUGUGGCUGAUUACAGGCUGCUCCUCCGGCCUCGGUCUGCACUUGGCCACCCACGUCCUCGCCCGCGGUGACAUCGCUAUCGCGACUCUCCGUAAUCCCUCAAAGUUGCCUGCUUCCCUUAAAGAUCAUCCCAACGCAGCAAACCUCUCCGUCAUACACCUGGACGUCACAGCACCGCCAUCCAAAAUCUCAGCCGCCGUAGCACAAGCCACCGCGCUUCACGGACGUCUUGACGUCCUCGUCAACAACGCAGGCUACAUCCAAAUUGGUACUGUCGAGGAGUUAACACACGAUGACUGGGUAGCACAGUUUGAAACCAACGUGUUUGGCGUGGUGAAAAUGACGAGCGCGGUGCUCAAGGGGAUGAGAGAACGUAGGAGUGGGACGGUGGUGCUUGUGGGGAGUUUGAGUGGGUGGGUUGGGCACGAUGCGUGUGGGGCGUAUGCGGGGUGCAAGUUCGCACUGGCAGGCAUCGCUGAGGCACUCCAGCGCGAGACGAGCCAUCUGGGGAUCCGCACAGUGCUCAUUGAGCCGGGUCGCUUCCGCACCAAUUUGCUCUCGCCUGGGAACAUGAAGGCGCCGGUGCAAUCAGAUAGCCCUGCAUACUCAUCUAUGCUGGACGCGAAGAUCGAGGGCUUGGCGGAGGAGGAUCAAGCGCAGCCCGGCGACCCGGUGAAGUUUGCACGGGUGAUGGUUGACCUUGUCAAGGGCGAGGGAGUCGCGAGUAACAGAAGUGUUCCGUUGAGAAUGCCAAUAGGUGUAGACUGCUAUGAGGACGUGAAGCAGAGAUGCGAGGAGACAUUGGCUCAAUUGAAGGAGUGGGAGGAGGUGAUGGUGAGUACCAACUACUACUAGUACCCAUAGUAGGCAUCAGGGCAGACCGGCAGGCGAUGUACGUCUCUGCGGAGUAGCGCUUGAAGACCACGCCAUACCACGAAUAGAAGCUUCGCCGUC